UUAUUAUUAGUAAUAUUUAGGUACAGCUUUGUCGAAUCUGAUUUGCCAACCUCGUUUACUGUAAAUUUAUUUUAUUCCCGUAUUUUGUUUUGUUGCAUCAAUGAAAUAUGAUUAAAACAGAAAGAAUCGAUGAGUUACAGCGACGCUGCGCUUGUUGUGGUAUGUUGAUUUAGGAAUGGACUGUGUAAACUCCCUGCUGCGCAGCGAAUGCGCUUUUUCAGUUUCUGUAUCUCAUCCCCAGUCAAGCAAACUUUCCCGAUCUCCGUGUCUUACACACACAACAAACAUGCCGACCCUAGUCAACCUUCUUGUGGCUUUCCUACCGUUUCAUCUUUUCUCGGGUUCUUCACAGUUUGCAUUGUCUCCGAAAGAAGCUUCACAGUUUCUGCGGAGACAGAGACGGGCAUACCAGGUUUUUGAGGAGACAAAACAGGGCCAUUUGGAGAGAGAAUGUGUGGAAGAGCAGUGCAGCCGGGAAGAGGCCAGGGAGGUGUUCGAGAAUAACCCAGAGACGGAUUAUUUUUACCCAAAGUAUUUAGAUUGCAUUCAGAAAUUUGGACAACCGCAAAACAGGAAUCCUGAUCUCGUAACUUGUGUACACAAUAUUCCUGAUCAGUGUUCUCCUUCACCAUGUAAUCCGGAUGGGACUGUAAGAUGUGAAGACAAACAGGGAGCCUUUACUUGUCAUUGCUUCCCAGGUUGGACAGGGGAUGGAUGUCAAAAAGAUAUAAAUGAAUGUGAUAAGACAAAUGGAGGCUGCGAUCACAUUUGUUCAAACAAGCGGGGAGGUUAUGCAUGCUCUUGCCGUUCCGGAUAUACCCUCGCUGAUAAGCACACUUGUACUGAUGUCGACGAAUGCACAGUGAGUCCAGAUGUCUGCGGAACUGCUCAAUGUCUAAAUUCAAUUGGAUCUUUUGAAUGCCUUUGUGAUGGAGGGUACUUCUAUGAUAACAUUACAAAGUCUUGCCUUGAUGUUGACGAAUGCGAAUCAAAGUCAUGUGCAGGGUCCUGUGUGAAUACGCUAGGAAGUUAUCAGUGCUACUGCAAUGGGAGGAACGGAGUGAAGUUAGCUGCAGAUCUGACCAGCUGUGAGAGCAUUGAGCCUUGCGUCUCUCUAAACACACAGAGAAGUGUUAAAUCCCUCUACCUGGGAAGGAUGUUUAGUGGUGCUCCUGUGAUACGGCUGCGUUUUAGAAGAAAGCAACACAUUGGUUUCACAGCAGAAUUUGACUUCAGGACGUUUGAUCCGGAGGGCGUCAUCUUCUUCACUGGUGGCCAUCUGAACAGCUCUUGGAUCGUGCUGGCAAUCAACCAAGGCAAGCUGGAGCUGCAGCUGAAAUAUGGAGAGGUCAGGAGAGUGACCAGCAGCGGGCCGCUUGUGAACAACGGGCUGUGGCACAGGAUAUCUGUUGAAGAACAGGGCAGGAGUUUGAUUAUUAAAAUUAACAGAGAAGCAGUUAUGAAGAUUGCUGUAAACGGAGACCUCUUCACUCUCAAAAAAGGGUUACAUGAGCUCAAUCUUACUGUGGGAGGAGUGCCUUUCAAAGGGGAAGAACUUGUUAACCCAUUAAAUCCUCGCCUGGACGGCUGCAUUAGAGACUGGUCAUGGCUGAAUGGGGAAGACACUUCCAUCCAGGAAACCAUUAAGUUUAAUGAGAAGAUGCAGUGCUUCUCUGUCACAGGAAGCGGCUCAUUCUACCCUGGGAAUGGAUUUGCACUGUUGAAUGUUAGUUAUAGUGAUCCUAAAGGAGCCUGGACUGUGAAUGUUUUUAUGAAUAUCCGUCCAUCAGCAAGUCCAGGUGUGCUGUUUGCUCUGGUCAGCGGGGAAGGCGUCCCACUGACCCUCGCGCUCACGGACUACCAUCCUGCAAAGAAAGUCAGAGCACAGCAUGUGGUGCUGGCGGUGGGUGAUGCAAUUGUGUCCAGCGUUGGGGUGGAGGUGUGCGACGCUGACACCCACUCAGUCAGUAUCACAGUCAGGAAGGACCUGAUAUCCCUGGAGGUGGAUGGGAUGGCAGGACAGAGUGAAUUCAACUCAGCUGAGCUGGAGCAGCACAUCACAAACCUGGGCACAGAUCUACAAGGACCUGUUAACACUUAUUUGGGAGGUGUUCCAGAUGUCCCUGUUUCUUCUACUGCAGUCUCUGCAUUCUACAGAGGCUGCAUGGACCUGCACAUCAAUGGAAAAGAAGUGGACCUGGAUGAAGCUCUCUUGAAACACAGCGACAUUCGAUCACAUUCCUGCCCUCCAGCUGAGAGUGGUCAAAUCCUAUAGAACCAGUCCUUUCCUUUUCUGAGCGUGCUUUUAUUUCUUUAUAGCUACCGGGUAAUAUUUUGCUUACGUCCUAUCAUGUAGGUAGGAGCUACUGAUAUUUAAACAUGCCAUUUGCAAAAGGUUUUUUUUUGUUUGUUUGUUUAAUUCUCUGUGCAGAGCAUAUGUAAUAUAGGUGUAAAUAAAUCGGAGUGCUUGACUGUAAUUGUUUUAGAAUCAUGCAGGUGAAUAUAGGGUACUGUGAGCACUAAUACAGGUGAUUCAAGUUUAGCAGUACAAGUUCAAACCAAGGACAAUCCCUCAGAAGAGUUCUUAUCAGUGGUUCUCUUCUGCAGUCCUCCAGACCACAAACGACCCAAGUUUUUGUUUGAACCUAUUCCCUUUGUAUGUGCCUGUAUGCAUAUGCCACAUUGACAUAUGUAUCUAGAAAACUAUCUAAUGAUGAUGAAUCGGAAAUAUACCAUAAGGUAUAAGUAAUAUAUGUAUGUCACAAUUUAAAUAGUUUUAUCUAUAGAACCGCCUAUCCAGUUGUGUUGAAACUCAGGAUAUUCUGUCGUUUUUACAUACUGUGGAUGUAGUUCUCAAUGAUCUACUUUUUAUUUAUACUGGCACUGUAGCUCAGAUUCUACAUGUGGUGAUGGCAAACAUCAGAAAGGGGAGAGAAAAGGAGGGGUUCAGAUGAAAUGUGUAGUUCUGUACCGAAUAUGUGCUGUAAGGCACUAACCAGUUUACACCUGGUACCUGUGUGCGGGUAGACACAACAUCCUUGGCUGGUGGAGGAGCUUUAGAAAACCGUUGACACACGAAGAUCAGAUCUGAAUUAGGACUUUAAAUAGCAAAUGUUCAGUAAUACUGAUGAGUCACGAUAAGUACAGUUUUAAUAUUCAGAUGAGUUAGAAUCAACAUUGACUGUAUACAGUACCUUUUUAGUUUAAAAAUGUUGCUUGUUGUUUUAUGUAAUUAUUUUUUUUUUUUUUUAAAUCAUGUAUAUUUUUUCUUAACUAUUUUGUGUUUUCUUACUGUAAUAUUCCCUAAGUGUUUUUUGGUUAAUAGGAAAUGUAUUGUAUGUUUUAUCCAGUAUACAAGAUAUUGAACAGAAUUGUUAAUAAAAAAUAACUGGUGCCGGUGUUUACUUUAAUCUUGAUUUGGGAAUUUCUCUUAGGAAUUGCAAGAUUUAUAGAGCAGUUAAAUGUCACAUAAUAAAUUUGUAUAUGUAUAUAUGACUGCUACACUGUGUGUACCUUUGUCAUAGGGCAACAUCUUUUGGUUUAUGUUGCUUUUUUAGGAGGGUUUACAACAAAGUUGUCUGUGUCUUCAGGUGGAGGUCAUCGUAAAGUCAGUUGAUCAAUCACUCACCACAGAUUAGAACAGGAUUGUAUUUGGAAAGCAGCGGAAUUGUAAGGCGAUAUUAUUUGGGAGUGCAGAUCUGCGAUGCAAGGUUGCCAGUUUGAUGUUAGUAUACAUGGGCUGUUUAUAAAAUUCUGAUCAUGGGACAAGCUGCAUAAUCCUUGCAAUUAUUUUACUUUUAACUCAACUCUCAAAGCCUACGGUUUGAAUGCCAUGGUUUGUCGCUGAAAUACGCGAAUAUUUAAGGAUCAAAACAGAAACAGCAGUUAUAAAACUUACCUGCAGUAUCCCUGGUCUCCAACAGGGGGCUUCAUUGACUUGACAAUUCCUAAACAGCAAACUCCAAAAGGGUCAGCAUAACUAUCUGCACUUCUGAAUAUCACAGUGUUUCUAACUUGAAUUCUUUACACUCCCCCAGCAGGGAAACAUACAUCUCAAAGAUGAAGUAGCUUCAAAUAACCAUCUUUCUGGUGCUUUACAUCUGGGAUCAGGAGCUGGUCUUCUGUUCUAAUUGCCUGCUAUUGAUAUACUAUACAAAAGUGCCUUUCAGAAAACAAAAACAAAUGUUGCUUACUCUAACUCUGUAAGGCAAACAAUCAUUAGAUUUUAAAACACAGGUUUUGCAAGAAUCUGAGGAUUUGAAUCUUUAUAAGUUAUUUUUUUUUAUUACAAGUUUUCACAAAACAAACACAUCUGUUUUAACAAAGAUAUAUGUCCAUGUACACAAAUAAACUGUAUGCAUGUUGAUAUGGUAUAGAUAUAAAUAAACAAACAACAUAAAUGAAUAUA